ACACCGCGUGGCCUGACAACAACCGGAACACGAUCCGGUCCGUGGAGCUGUCGCUGCUGUAAACCAAACUGUGCUUUUAUUUAACACAUAUUUUGAUUAAUGUGAUGCAGGCUUUGAAAAGUGUCAAAUAUCUCACGACAAGCACCGUGAAACAAGCAGUCACGGAGCUGUCGGUGCCUGUGCCGUGGGGAGAGAUCCGGGGGAAAGUCUGGGGUCCUGAGCAUGGCCGUCCUGUGCUUUGUAUACACGGCUGGGCUGACAACUGUGGGACCUUCAAUACACUUAUACCUCUUUUGCCUAAAGAGUGCCGUUAUGUGGCAGUGGAUCUGGCAGGUCAUGGUUUGUCGUCACAUCGUCCUCCAGGAGUUUUUUACACAUUCCCUUCAUAUGUUGUGGAUGUUUGCAGAGUCGUCAAGGCUCUCCAGUGGGACCGAUUCUCCAUCAUAGGACACAGUAUGGGUGGUAAUAUUGCAGGGAUGUACAGUGCCCUGUAUCCUGAAAUGGUAGAUGCUGUCGUGCUGCUGGACUCUUUUGGGUUCCUGCCCACAGAUCAGAAAGAAAUUGCUAAAGCAAUGAAACAAGGAAUAGAGGAACUUCUGAUGUUUGAAAAGAAAUCUGAAGAGAAGAAAGAGAAGAUCUAUACAUAUGAAGAGGCUGUAAAAAGAUUAUUAGAAGCCAACCCCACGCUGUCAAACGAGUCUGUACAAAUCCUUUUAGAAAGAGGUUUAGUUAAGACAGAUGGAGGGUUUACAUUCUCUAGAGACUUCCGAAUUAAUCUGAAAAACAUUGUCCGCAUCAGCUUGGAGCAGAGUUUAGAGAUGCAGUCAAGAAUUCAAGCCACUGUUUUAGUUAUUCUAGCAGAAGAUGGCUUUGAGAAAAUGUUUUCCGAAGAACAGCAGAAGAAAUUCUCAGCUCUUCUACAAGGCUUCAGAGACAGAAAUCACAAAGUGGUCACGGUCCCCGGCGAUCAUCAUGUCCACCUCAACAACCCAGAAUACGUGGCUCCAUUAGUGUCAGAUUUCUUACAGUCGAAUGUGCUGGUGCUGAAAGAAACACCCAAGCUGUAAAAAAACAAAACAAAACAAAAAAUACAUUUGUAAACCUACUGAAUGUUCAAUACUGAUUUUGAUUCAUCUUUCCAGAAUUAACAACCAUUUUAUUUCAUA